CGGCGCAGUCACGUCCCUCUGCUGGGCGGGGAGGGUCCGUCUGCCUGCCUGCCUGCCUGCUGCCCGUGGCUCUCCCGCGAUGCUGGCCUCGGCGCCUGCAAGAUCCGCCCCGUUCCACGCCGCCUCCGCCGCCCCUCCCGCCGCCACCGCCGCCGCUCACCAGAAGUCUUGCUGCGGCCACGGCAAAGACACGAAAAUGGCUGUUCCCCCUGCUUAUGCUGACCUAGGAAAAUCUGCUCGAGACAUCUUCACCAAGGGAUAUGGAUUUGGCUUAAUAAAGUUGGAUUUGAAAACAAAAUCUGAAAAUGGACUGGAAUUUACAAGCUCAGGUUCAGCAAAUACAGAAACAACCAAAGUUUCUGGAAGUUUGGAAACCAAGUACAGGUGGACAGAAUAUGGCUUGACAUUCACAGAGAAGUGGAACACAGACAACACACUAGGCACAGAGAUAACUUUAGAAGAUCAGCUUGCACAUGGACUGAAGCUGACCUUUGACUCCUCAUUCUCUCCUAACACUGGGAAGAAGAAUGCUAAAGUCAAGUCUGGAUACAAGCGGGAACAUAUCAACUUGGGCUGUGACAUGGAUUUUGACAUCGCUGGUCCUUCAGUACGUGGUGCCUUUGUCAUCGGCUUUGAAGGUUGGCUGGCAGGUUACCAAAUGACUUUUGAGACUGCUAAGUCCAGAAUUACUCAGAGCAAUUUUGCUGUUGGUUACAAGACCGACGAAUUUCAGCUUCACACCAAUGUGAAUGACGGCACAGAAUUUGGAGGUUCCAUUUAUCAGAAGGUGAAUAAUAAAUUGGAAACUGCCGUCAAUCUUGCUUGGGCAGCUGGAAAUAGCAACACCCGCUUUGGAAUAGCUGCCAAAUAUCAAAUUGACUCAGAUGCAUCUUUCUCUGCUAAAGUGAAUAAUUCCAGUCUGAUUGGUUUAGGAUAUACUCAGACUCUGAAGCCAGGUAUUAAAUUGACAUUGUCAGCUUUGUUGGAUGGGAAGAAUGUCAACGCAGGUGGCCACAAACUAGGUCUAGGACUGGAAUUUGAAGCAUGAAAGAAGGAAUUGUACCACCAUUAUUUCUGGUGAUUAAUUCUGAAAUACUAUACAGCAUAGCUACCUUCCGAAUUUAGUGUACUUUUCAAUGUUUUAUGUCUGGGAUGCAAUUAUUGCCAUGUGUCAGUCAUGUUGAACCUGGUUAAAGAAGGCUAAGCUUCAAAGUGUGUGUUUUCAGAGAAGGCUGG